AUGUCGACGGAAACCACAAGGGUGAUUGCGUCUUCGCAGGAUCGUUUCUCCCGCCUACCGGAAGAGGUGACCACACGCAUCAUGAAGUGCCACUACAGCAACCAUAUCCGGGGUGUGCUUCUUUGCUCUGUCAUGUUCGUUCCAGAGGAUCCAGACUUCUUGGAAGGCAUUUGUUCUUACGCUUCUGAAUUACACUGGUGUGAAGAAGAAGAACGCAAGUAUGGUUAUCAGCCGGUGGCCACUACAAUCGACACAGUAAAGAUCCAGGAGGUCCUGAAGAUCCGGCUUGUCAACAAGCUCUUCGCUCGCUGCGUGCUUGACGCAUUCUUCAAGAGUCCCAUCAUAUUUGAGCAUAGGUCAUACGAUUUGACAGGUCCGGGAAAGAUUUUCUGGUUUCUACCUUGCCAGAUCGAGCCAAAACUUGUCCAGCGUGGUGGAAGCAUUCAAGCUGAAUACUACACCAGGGUUCCUUACACGUAUCGCUUUGUUUUGAACAAGACCGACAUCCAUUGCGUAAGAACUGGUAUGGACUUAGCUCUGACAAAGCAAACGCAUCUGCCAAGUAUUACCGACGCCGAUGCGUCGCUGCUGGCCAACGAUAUUGACAAGGUCUUCGUCCACAACCCCAGCGGUCUUACUGUUCGCGGUAUCCAAUUCAGUCGUGAUUUGGAGAGGGGGUCGUUCUUUGAUACCGAAUUCACAGCAAAACUAGUUCGAUUGUAUUGGGACGUGCUUGGGGGUGCACAUGGGCAGACGAUGGACCUUAACACAACCAAGAGUUCACUCUAG